GAGUUGGUGGAAAAUGACUGGAGGGAGGCUCUCAUCUGGGGAUGAAAUUAGACAUUUCCACCAUGAAAUUCGUUUUAUUUAUAGCAAAGUCGCAUUGUUGUCUUUUUGAACGUUCACCGCGCAGCACCAGGAGGAAUUUGGUGACACUAGAGGAUUAGCAAGGCGUUUAAAACAGUUUUUUAUUACCGUCGGAGCACUUCCCGAGACUCACCGAUAACCGUUAGUUUUGUUUUUUUCUGAGCCAAAAUGCCGCGGGACAACAAAACUCCUCUUAUCCAGAAAAUAGCAAAGCAAGCCCAUAUCACCUUUAAAGGCUUAAAGUCUUCGGCCAACGGGGAUAAUAAACUCGUUGCGGACCAACAGAGUGAACUAAUCUCCUUAGUGACCGCGGUCAGGGCUGCUGACCUGAAAAUUGCUCCCCGGAAAACCAAGCCGAGCUCCGGGACAGCGGGGCUGCAGAGCCCCCCGGUUGCCUACAUGCACAUCUGCGAGACGGAGGUGUUCAGCAUUGGGGUGUUCCUGCUAAGGACCGGCGCCUCCAUACCGCUGCACGACCACCCGGGCAUGAACGGGAUGCUCAAGGUUCUCUAUGGGAAGGUGAGUGUCCGCUGUUUUGACAAGCUGGAGGAUAACCUGACCGUCAGCACCGUGCCACCCCAUUUUGAGCCUCCAUUGGCUCCAUGCCAGAUGGCUUCCCUGCGGCGCUCUGUACUCCGCUCAGUCUCUGAAUACUCAGAGACCAGCGGGCCAUGCCUCCUUACUCCUCUACGGGAUAACCUUCACCAGAUUGACGCAGUGGAGGGGCCAGCUGCGUUCCUCGAUAUCCUGGCACCUCCAUACAAUCCAGAUGACGGGCGUGACUGUCACUAUUACAAAGUCCUGCAAACUGUGGCUGAGGGGGAAACAGAUGGAAAGACCAACAAGGAGCAGCAGGGAGAGGAAAAGGACAAAGAAGAGGAGACAUGGCUGCUAGAAAUCCCUCAGCCAGAGGACUUCUGGUGUGGUGGGGAACCGUACCCAGGCCCUGCAGUCUCUUUCUGAUUGAGCGGAUGAACUAUACUGCAGUAUAUGACAGUGAUAAUAUGUUGACAUCCUUCCAUCCACAAGAGGAGACUUUGUUUUUCCCUGUUCACAGGGAGGUCAAACAUGAGGGUCGUUAUUACCAGGAGCUCAAAGGGAUUUGGUGCCUUAUUCAGGGAUGCUACAGCAGGGCAGAGGCUUCCAGAAACAGGGGCUUUAAUUCUGACACCCUACACUUAAUGACCACUGAACUGCCUUCCAUAAAUCAUCAAUAAUCUUGUCAGUACUGUGAAAAGAGUUGACACAAGGAAUUUGCAUUCCUUAUAUGGGAUAUUUCUUCAUACUAGUAUGUUGCCUUGUACACACAUGAAUGUCAUUAGCCAAACAUGCGAAUGUUGGGGUGUCAUUGGGAUCUCUAUCUUCUGUGAGGCUUGAAAAGCCUUUUUACAUUAUUUUUUCAUUCCGCUGCAGAGGACUACACAUCAUGACAUGUCUUAAUGCCAAAGCCUGUAACUCAAGACAUACCUGCCUUAUUUGUGAAUACUGAAUGUAUACUUACUGAGAGUGCCAUUUCUAUUGUACACACACUUUUCUUCUUUCAAAGUGCACACACUACAUUAUAUAUGCUUUGUUUUGAGACUGUCCUCCUCCAAAAUACCACUACAUAGGUUGUUUGCACAAGGAGAAAUUCCAACCCAUAUUAAUGUUUAUUGUUAGGCAGGACCUCUAGUGGCAGUCAUAAUUAUUAUUGGAGCAAAGGAAGAAAUCAGGCAACAAAGUUCACGGAGGGUGUGAGCGAGGGGCGGUGGAUGGGUCAAACAAACACAGGACUUCCAUCCAGGAGACUUUGUGCCCUAGGUAAAACCAAAAGUAAUGUUUGAGUUAUUUUCACAGUAUAACGUAGUAUGUUGUAGAAUGUCAUGUAAAGUGACCUUCAUGACACGUAAACUGAGAACAUCAAUACAUAUUGUUAUCUUUACGAAACGUCUUGAAAUCCCCAUGGGACACCUGCGUCACCAUUUCCAACCAAUCACACCUCCUUCCUAAGCAUUCAGUCAGUGCUAGCCGUCUAGCGCCAGGCAGAUAACAGCAAGCAGCCAAGAAAAAGACAGUGAGGAUUUUUAUUGAUAAUGUUUCAUAUUGAUCAUAGGCCCCUAAAUUGAUUGAAUCGAAUCAAAAUCGUAUCAUGGCAGACUUUGUGAUAUAAACAAAUACCGUAUUAUUGUCCAAAGAAUAAAUAUAAUAUUGUGUUACUAACCUAACUGUUGUUUUGGUGGAACUGUGACAGUUUCAUAAAGUAAACCACUUGUUUGGUAUCGGCCCAUAAUAUGUAUCGUGUCGCAGGGUUAUGAGGGUUAUGAAUGUAUUGUGAUACUGUAGGCAAGGUGACAGAUUGCGAUUCUUUAAAUCUAAUUUUAGGAAAACUGUCAAAGUAUAAAGAACAUACCACCAUAGCACCUUUUACAUUAAUAUGAGCAGUGGGAUUGCAUUUGUAUUCAUAACAGUCCCUGUAACAUGCUAACAAUAUGUUGUUGUCUUGGCGUGUUUACUACCCUGCUAUCUAGUUUGGGGUUUUAAACACAACAGAAAAUGAACCACUGCCACAAGUCUUUGUGUGUAAACCAAUUAUUAAAAAUCGAGUGUUUUUAUAGAUUGAUAUAGUAUCACAUAAUAUUGUGAUAAUCAAGUAUAAUAACCCUUUAUCACACCUUUUUUCUCUCACACCCAAUUAGUAGGUGCGCUAAUUUAGGAAAUGCUCCUAUGGGUCAUAUUUAGCUGGUAGGAAUAUGACCUCUGUGGUCUAAUGGGUUGGAGGACUUGUUAUGUUUUUAAUGUGUUUAAAGUUUAAAACAUUGCAGGUAGUUCCUACACAGAUCUGGUUAGUUUUGGGGAAAAAGACGAUGAUUAGUUAUUUCUGCAUAUUCUGUGAUGGAUUGUACUGUAACUUAAUCCAGAGUGAUAUGGCCUAUAUGAUGCAUCAUAUUAAAGACUGAACACAGUUUUCAAACCCAGUCCAGAAGAUUUUAUAGAAACAUUUUACAUUUUAAAAUGCCAGCUGUGUUUUAGAACUUGAACACUAUCAUGGUAUAAAGCCAACGCUCUCUCACUUUCUUUGCUACCUUUUACAUGUAACUUGAUAAACACUAUAUCAUUCCAAUAGUAUGUUACAUGACUUUAGCUUAUGUUUGUGUUGACAGACAGCUCCUUUGGCCUAUAUAUUAGACUUCACACAUGUUUGUGUGCCUGUUUUACAAUGAUUCUGUAACUGAUGUUGAAUGUAUGUGGAACAAUAAAAUAGAUGAGAAAAAUCA